GAUGUUCGUGGGGACAUGGAAUGUAGGAGGCAAGUCACCACAAGAAGAAUUGAACUUGGCUGAUUGGUUGAAUUCUAGUGCACCAGCCGAUAUUUAUGUCCUCGGGUUCCAGGAAAUUGUCCCUCUAAAUGCAGGCAAUGUACUAGGUCCAGAGGACAGUGGACCAGCUUCCAAGUGGCUAUCGUUGAUUCGCCAAACUUUGAACAAUGACACAAACACCUCCGAUCUUUCUCCUAAUUACAACAACACCCCUAACUCCGAGCUCCCGUCCCUUGAUGACUUGCACUACCAACAAUCUAGUCUGAAACCAAGGGUCAGCUUCUCGGACUGGGAGAGGCUGAACCACGACGUAUCUCCUAGUCCAAAGUGCUUAUCAAAUCGAUAUUAUUAUAACUCUUCUAGCCAAGGGAAAAAUAGUAAAUAUUGCUUAGCCGCAAGCAAACAAAUGGUUGGGUUAUUUUUGUGCAUAUGGACUCGUAAAGACUUGUAUCAACACAUUACCAAUUUGAAGGUUUCAUGUGUUGGAACAGGUAUCAUGGGCUAUCUUGGAAAUAAGGGUUCGAUAUCGAUCAGUAUGACAUUGCACCACAAGACAUUUUGUUUCGUUUGUACUCAUUUGGCAUCUGGAGAAAAAGAAGGCGAUGAGAUUAAAAGAAAUUCUCAUGUCAUGGAGAUAUUGAAGAAAACAAGAUUCUCCGAUAUAGGAAAAUCUCACAUUUUGGAUCAUGACAAGAUAAUUUGGCUUGGAGAUUUGAAUUAUCGUCUUGCAUCGGGUUGCGAGGACACGUACGAAUUGGUUAAAAAUAGUGAUUGGGAAACACUUCUGGAGAAAGAUCAGUUAAGGAUAGAGCAAAGAGCAGGAAGAAUAUUUAAUGGUUGGAAGGAAGGAAGAAUUUACUUUGCACCAACAUACAAAUACCUCUAUAAUUCUGACCAUUAUGUUGCUCAUACAUGUACAUCCAAGGAAAAGACAAGGACCCCUGCCUGGUGUGACAGGAUAUUAUGGAAAGGUGAAGGACUAAAGCAAAUAUGUUAUGUUAGAGGUGAAUCAAAAUUCUCAGAUCACAGACCAGUUUAUUCACUUUUCUCUGUAAAUAAUAAUAUUACCCAAAAAUUACCACAGUAAAAAAUAAUAUU